GGGGCGGGGGCGGCGGGCUGGGCUGGGCUGGGCUGGGCACGGUUCCCCUCGGCUCGGCACGGCUCGGCACGGCACGGCUCGGCUCGGCAGCGCGGUCCCCGGAGCCGCAGGGAUGGCGCCCGCGGGGACCGAGGCCGCCCCGGCCCGCCGGUGAGGUGCCCGCCGCCCGCCCCCAGCCCCAGCCCGGCCGCGCGGCGAGGGAGAGCCCGGCCCACGAUGAACAAGCUGCCCUUCCACAACAACCGAGUCAUGCAGGACCGCCGCAGCGUGUGCAUCUUCCUCCCCAACGACGACUCCCUCAACAUCAUCAUCAACGUGAAGAUCUUGUGCCACGAGCUGCUCGUGCAGGUGUGCGACCUCCUGAGGCUGAAGGACUGCCACCUCUUCGGGCUCAGCGUCAUCCAGAACAAUGAGCACGUGUACAUGGACCUGGCCCAGAAACUCUACAAGUACUGCCCCAAGGAGUGGAAGAAGGAGGCCAGCAAGGUCAGCGGUGAGGUGUUGCAUGGAGAGAUGACGGCACUAAGGCCACCUCUGUCCCCGGCGCAGGGGAUCGACCAGUUCGGCCCCCCCAUGAUCAUCCACUUCCGAGUGCAGUACUACGUGGAGAACGGCAGGCUGAUAAGCGACCGGACGGCGCGGUACUACUACUACUGGCACCUGCGGAAGCAGGUGCUGCACUCGCAGUGCGUGCUGCGCGAGGAGGCCUACUUCCUGCUCACCGCCUUCGCCCUGCAGGCCGACCUGGGCGACUUCAAGCGCAACAAGCACUACGGGAAGUACUUCGAGCCCGAAGCCUAUUUCCCCGCCUGGGUGGUGGCCAAGAGGGGCCGGGACUACAUCCUGAAGCACGUCCCCAACAUGCACAAGGACCAGUUCGCUCUGACGGCCUCCGAGGCCCACCUCAAGUACAUCAAGGAGGCCGUGCGGCUGGACGACGUGGCCGUGCACUACUACAGGCUGUACAAGGACAAGAGGGAGGUGGAAGCCUCCCUGACGCUGGGGCUGACCACGCGGGGCAUUCAGAUCUUCCAGAACCUUGACGAGGAAAAGCAGCUGCUCUACGACUUCCCCUGGACAAACGUGGGCAAACUGGUGUUCGUGGGCAAGAAGUUCGAGAUCCUUCCCGACGGGCUGCCCUCGGCCAGGAAGCUCAUCUACUACACGGGCUGCCCGCUGCGCUCCCGCCACCUCCUGCAGCUGCUCAGCAGCAGCCACCGGCUGUACAUGAACCUGCAGCCCGUGCUGCGGCAGGUCCGCAAGCUGGAGGAGAACGAGGAGAAGAAGCAGUACCGCGAGUCGUACAUCAGCGACACCCUGGACCUGGACAUGGAGCAGCUGGAGAAGCGCUCGCGGGCCAGCGGCAGCAGCGCCGGCAGCAUCCGGCACAAGCGGCUGUCGCGGCACUCCACCGCCAGCCACAGCAGCUCCCACACCUCGGGCAUCGAGGCCGACCCCAAACCCCGCGAGAUGGGGCCCGAGGACACCGGCGUCCACCGCAAGCUGAAGACCUGCAGCUCCAUGACCAGCCACGGCAGCUCCCACACCUCCGGGGUGGAGAGCGGGGGCAAGGACCGCCUGGAGGAGGACUCCCAGGAUGACGAGAUAGAGAUGCUGGUGGACGACCCCCGGGAGCUGGAGCAGGCGGGCGAGCUGGCGCUGGAGGUGAGCCCCGACAUGUGCGUCUACAUCACCGAGGACAUGCUGCUGUCGCGCAAGUUCAACGGGCACUCAGGGCUGAUCGUAAAGGAGCUCAGCUCCUCCACCUCCAGCUCCUCAGAGACGGUGGUGAAGCUGCGGGGGCAGAGCACAGACUCCUUACCCCAGACGGCGUGCAGGAAACCCAAGACCUCGACGGACCGGCACAGCCUGAGCCUGGACGACAUCCGGCUCUACCAGAAGGACUUCUUGCAGCUGGCCGACCUGUGCCAGGACACGGCGCAGAGCUACACCUUCGGCUGCGGCCACGGCCUGGCCGAGGACGGCCUCUACUGCCACGGCUGCCUGGCCCAGCAGUGCAUCAACAUCCAGGAGGGCUUCCCCGUCAAACGAACCAGCAAAUACUUCUCGCUGGACCUCACCCACGACGAAGUCCCGGAGUUUGUCGUCUGAGCGCCGCGGGGCCAGGACUGCCCGCUGUACCCCCCCGCCCCCGGCAGUCUUUUGCCUCUGGGAAUGGUUUGUGCGGAGCGCAAAGUCCUCUUUCGCCUCGGAGAAGCACAGCUCGCUUGGCCCGGCGGAAACCAACCCGUAUUUCCUCAGUGCCUCGGGGCAAAUUUUGGUUUUCUCCCCUCCCGGCCCCUUCCCUUAACGCCGCCGCUGGCUCCUGCGGUGGCUCGGUGGCUGCGGCGAGAAGACGCUGGGAAGGAAACGCCAGCUUGCUGCGCCCAAGCCAAGCCAAAGAGAUGUAAAUCCCCUCCAGGCCAGUAUCGGAAGCGAGAACGAAGCAAUAAGUAGCCGGGGAUGUCCGUGCUCGGGGAAGGGAGGGGAGGAAGGCAUGAACAGGUUGCUGCCCAGGCAGUGCCUGAACCCAGAUCUUCCAAAAA